CUGGAGCAGGUGUCCUGGCAGAACCGGGUCCUGGCUGAACCGCCGGAAGUGGAUCCACGCAGAACUUUUGGGUGAGAUGUCUGAACGCGGCUGUGCGCGUGCUGUCGCCCGUUGACGCACCGGACCGGACCGGCCCGGGGCUCGUGGUGCGUUCAGGGUCACAUGUGUGGAUGUGAAAAGCUGCUUUGGGUUCCACCUCCGUGAGCGGAAACUCGACCCUCCCGUCCGACACCGACACCGACACCGCGGGGGCGUCCGGGACCGGAGGAGCGCGAGGGACGAUGACACGAGCCGCAGUUUGAUGGGCUGUUGAUGGAGAGUCUUUCGAAUGUCAGCCGGGACAGUGGUCAUCGCAGGAGGCAUUCUGGCUACAGUCAUCCUACUGACCAUCGUCGCUGUUCUGUGUUUAUGUAGGUUACAGUAUUACUGCUGUAAGAGGGAGGAGUCUGAGAAGGGGGAAGAGGAGGAACCUGAGCUCGCCACCAUGUCGCCGUCCCGCCCCCUGGCUCUGUCGGCUCCUCCCACCCCGCCCACCCCGGACCACUACAGCGACGAGGCCGAGUCGUACCCGCCCACCUUCCUGACGGAGGCCAACGGGCCGUGCUACUCUCCCCCUCCCCCCCCUCCGCGGCGCUGCCAUCGCCCCCACGCCUUCUGCCCGUCGUGCGCCCGCUGCUCGCUGCCGUUCUACCUGCAGCACCCGGAGCGUCUGUGCAACGGUGGGCGGCGCAUCAGCUACAGGACGGUCCAGCAGCAGGACCUGGAGCUGCCCGUGGACCUGGCCAGCCUCUACCACAAGCUCAACCUCAUCCGCUCCGUCACCAUGAGGGAGGUGGUCACCCACAGCGUCAGCACCGACGUGUAGAGGGGGCGGGGUCAGGACCGGGGCUGGGGGCGGGGUCAGCAUCAGGGGGAACACCAUACGAACGGUUCAGACUGUGACGUAAACACCGUCCAGGGCUUUGAGUUGAACAAACGCAGAAAUGAUGUUGACCUGCAAAUCACCCGGAGAUCCAUGAUGUUUAUUCCAUGUAACCAUGGAAACG